CUUUGGUUUGUUCUUAGUUAAUUUAUGACACAAACUCUCUAAUCUCUUAAUCAAAGUGUUUAAACUUGAUUAUCAAGUUCAACAACUACCACUAACCAGUAUAGCUUCCACUGAGAAAAAUGGUGUGUUUCUGGGGAUGCCCUUUUCCUCUAUUAUUGAGCUCGCAAAUGAGCAAUGUUGAGAAGGGCAUUUCAGUCACUGUACUGACAUUUUGAUGCGGAGUGAAAGCGAAGGGGGUUCUUAAUUUGGGGCAUGCUUAGAAUAUCCACAGAUAUAACAAACAAAGCGAUGUGGGAAUCCAAUAAAAUUUGAAAAGUAGAAUUCGAAAUGAUGAGGAGGGGCGUGCCUGUUUGAUUGAUUACUGAGAAAGCUUCUUUGGUGUUUGAUUACAGAGCAGAAAAGUUGUGCAAACUAAUUCAGAGAGAGACCCACAUCGAGAUUCAAUCAUCAAAAGUGAGAAGAAGGCAAAUCGGUAAGUGAUAAAGUAGAGCCACACCCACACCCACACCCACCGCUUCGUUUCGCUUUUUUCUUUUGUGGGUCUUCUGGUUUUUUCUUUAAUUCACAAAGUAAAAGCGUUUCUUCGCUAAUUAUUCCAUUUACAAGGCUUUGUUCGUUGGUUCCCUUGAUGCUCGACACCAUAGCUUCCUUUUGAAUCAUAUUACUCUGUCCUGGUUUCGAAUAAGUGGUGGGUUUUCUCUGGCUUCUUAGGUCUUGAUGGUUUCGCAUUAGCUGGUGAGUGAAUGAUCAAAUUCAGUACGCGGGUGUUCGAGUUUGUUAGGUUUUCUUACGUGUGAGGCUGCGAAUCUCUUGGUGAUGCUUUAAUGCUUUCGAUUCUGGAGCUAAUACGAAUACUGAGUGUUCUUCUUCCAUUUCGCCUUCAGUUUCAUAUUUCUUAUGAAUUUAGAUCCAAUGUCGUCUGAUCUGAUGUUCUUCAAAGCUUGGAGUCUUUGAUUCAGAAAGUAGAAGGCUGUAAGUUCCCAUUAUCUUGCUUUUCUUUUCUUGAGUAGAAAGCUUUUGCGGCUGUUCUUAGGUGCUCUGUAUCUUUUGUUCUUAAUGAUCCGUUUCCCCAUUGUUACACAAGCUGCAGUAAAUCAAUAAGAAUGGCUGAGAUAAGGAUAAGUAGGUUAGAACAAGGCCAAACCAAGAUUAAAAAUGUGCCAAUUGCUGUAACCCCAGAAGGGUUUUGGUGUUGCCCUUCUCCUGUUGUCUUCCAAAAGACCCUCAAAAAUCAAAAUCCUCUAAACAAGCCCAAACCUGCCUCCCCACCCCCUAAGAUCCCUGUUGAGAAGAAACCGACCCUCGUGACUGAUAGAAAGCCGCCAGCGCUCACGAGAUCACGGUCGGCUGCUGUUUCUGAUGACGACCGAAAAGGCAAUGCUGAUACUUCUGGCUUUAGUGCUCCAGAGGUUGUACACAGGGUAUCACGGCCUAAGGUUGAAAAUAUGCCAAGGAAAAUAGCAAUUGAGUUUGGUGAGCCAGGGACUAGUAAUAUAAAGGUUGUUUUACUCGGGAAGCAAGGAUUUUCGGUAAAGUUGAGCGUUCAUAAGAACGUAUUGAUGGAUAAUAGUACUUUUUUUGCUAAUAAACUUUCUGAUCAAGAAGGCUCCUCCAUGGAAAUUGGUGAUUGUGAAGAUGUUGAAAUAUUUGUUGAAACUGUGGGAUUGAUGUACUGCAAAGAAAUGAAGCAAUGGUUGAUGAAGCAAAAUGUUUCUCGUGUUCUUCGAAUUCUGAAGGUUGCUGAAUUUCUUGGUUUUAUGUCAUGCAUGCAAUCAUGUCUAGAAUAUUUGGAAGCAGUCCCCUGGGUUGGUGACGAAGAAGAAGAAAAGGUCGUCACGUCCAUCCUACGACUUCAAAGAGAGGGCAUUGGGGUGAGCCCGGUAUUGAAACGAGUGUCUGCAGAUGUGUCUAAACCCCAUAAAGAUACUCUUUCUCAUAUCAUUGAACUUGUUCUUAAAAGCAACGAGGAGCGAGGUCGACGUGAAAUGAAACUGGUGGUACUGAGGCUUCUUAGGGAGAACCAAAGCGUCCCGAGCCACGCGAACUCAGCUGACAUUUGCAAUGAAACUAUUUACUCUUCUUGCAGAAGCUGCUUGACAUCACUAUUGCUAUUGUUCCAGAAGGCUACUGAAACAGAGUUUAUUGACAAAUCAGUAGACAGGAAAGAACCAGUGCUGAAGCAAAUUACUCUAGAGGCCGAUAACCUUUCGUGGUUGCUCGAGAUUUUAGCUGACAGGCAAGCGGCCGAUGAGUUUGCGGUAAUGUGGUCGAAGCAUCAGGAACUAGCAGCCCUCCACGCGAAGCUGCCGAUCGUAUCUCGCUACCAUGUUAGCUGCAUAACAGCAAGGCUAUUUGUUGGCAUUGGCAAAGGAGAGCUGUUACCAGCAAAGGAUACACGUAAAUUAUUAUUACAUACAUGGUUAGAGCCAUUAAUCAAUGAUUAUAGCUGGUUAAAACAUGGUUGUGGGUCGUUUGAUCGAAAAGUCGUGGAAGAAGGAAUCGGUCGGACGAUCCUCACUCUCCCACUUGAGGAUCAGCAAAGCAUUUUGCUGACUUGGUUGGGCAGUUUUCUGAAGGUUGGAGAUAGUUGCCCAAAUCUCCAAAGAGCGUUCGAGGUUUGGUGGCGUCGGACCUUCGUACGACCUUACGUCGAGACACAAGGAAGCAACCCAAUCACCCCCCAGUUGGAGCCUUGAAGACAUGUCACUGUAAGUAAAGAUAUAUGUAAUGUUCAAGCAAUUCUCUGUGAUGAAAAGAUGAACAAAACUGGCCAAUGGUUGGGCUAUGUUAGCUGCUGAGUGUAUUGCUUAUGGUUUAUGUUGAAUUAACUUCGAGAUUCGUCGAGAACGUUCUCGACGAAGUGAAUUGCUCUCUUGUGAGUUAAAUUUGCAAUGUAAUAGCAUAAGUUGGAUGCAUGACCGAGCUACAUUUGAGUGUGUUUUAUGUAUGAUUGUUUUUAAAACUGUUCUAUCGAGCCGUUCAC